AUGGGGUUCUUCUUCGGUAGGCUGACCAUGUUCUUCUCAAAAUAUAUGACAGAAAAGCAAAAGGAUAAAACCAGUUGCACAAACAUCUCUUCCAUCACAUCUUCUGACAUCCUAUUGACCAAAACAAGUCCCAGGGCUGAAGACCAAAAACCAAUAAAAUUGAAUGAGAGGAGGAAACCAAAGGUAAGUUUGACAUCCGACAUACCUCAGGAGGACCUGGUGGACAGAAAGUGCUUAAGUGAAAAAUACACAAAUCUCUUCUGCCAUAAAGUCUUCUGCCAUCCAUGGCAGAAGUGCAUCGACGGGAACUGCGUCUGUAAACUCCCUUACCAGUGCCCAAAGAAUGGCACCAUGGUGUGUUCAACUAACAGGAGAAGCUUCCAGACUUACUGCCAGCAAAAGAGUUACGAAUGUCUUUAUCCAGUGGCCAAGUUUUUAAACAGUGGAGCAUGUACAGCUACAGGACAAUUUAACAUUUCCUUGAAGUAUGGCAAUAGAGAUUCAGAGGGAAUUGUUGAAGUAAAACUUGUAGACCAAGAUAAGAAAAUGUUCAUAUGCAAUGACAGCUGGAGCAUAACGCAGGCCAAUGUGGCCUGCCACGACCUUGGAUUCCAACUAGGAGCUCAUGAUAUUCAAGGAAGCUUUCCUUUUCCUGAAGAUCUCCAUACUAGUCCCACUGAAUGUCUGCAGGUGCAUUGUCAAGGAUUCGAGUCCAGCUUGACUGAAUGUACUUUUACUAAGAGAAAAACUAGAAGUAACCGGGGUUUAGCUGGUGUAGUGUGCUACACACUGGAUGCAGUUGCUUCAACAAAUGACUCCUUUCAGUGUGUGAAUGGGAAACUCAUUCCUCAGACCAAGGCCUGUGAUGGUGUCAAUGACUGUGUAGACCAAAGUGACGAGCUGUGCUGUAAAGGGUGCCAAGACGGAAGUUUCCUUUGUAAAUCGGGUGUUUGUAUUCCAAACCAGUAUAAGUGCAAUGGUGAGAUGGAUUGCGUUACAGGAGAUGAUGAAAUUGGUUGUAAAGGAGCUGGACAUCCUAAAAAAAAAGGCCCUUUAUUAAUGCAUUGGGAUAGUACAGAUUUGAGACAAAACAAAGAGGAAACAGAAAUUUUGACUGCUAAUAUGGAUGCAGAAAGAAAACGGAUAAAGUCAUUGCUCCCUGAAUUAUCCUGUGGAGUCAAAAGCAGAGUACCCACUCGAAGGAAACGAGUCGUAGGAGGAAUACCAGCACAAGUGGGAGACUUCCCAUGGCAGGUGGCAAUUAGGGAAGAUGAGAGAUUCACCUGUGGAGGAAUUUAUAUUGGUGGCUGUUGGGUCCUGACUGCUGCACACUGUGUCAGAGUCAGUAAAAUUCACCGUUACCAAAUAUGGGUAUCAUUAGUAGACUGGAUAAACCCUAACCCUGAGAUAAGUGUUCAGAUGGCCAAUAAAAUUAUUAUCCACGAAAACUACAAUGGAGCCACCUACCAAAAUGACAUCGCUUUGAUUGAACUGAAAAAACGCCGAACACAGACUGAUUGUGUGCUGCCUACUACUAUCCCUGCCUGCGUCCCCUGGUCUCCGUAUUUAUUCAAACCUAAUGAUAAGUGCAUCAUUUCUGGCUGGGGUCGAGAAAGAGAUAACCAAAAAGUCUAUUCACUUCAUUGGGGUGAAGUUCACCUAAUAGCUAAUUGCUCUAAGUAUUACCCAGGCCGCUUCUUUGAAAAAGAAAUGAUAUGUGCAGGUACAGAUGACGGUUCCAUUGAUGCCUGUAAAGGGGACUCUGGAGGCCCCUUAGUCUGUCAGAAUGCCAAAAACAUGACAUACAUUUGGGGUAUUGUGAGUUGGGGUGAAAACUGUGGAAAACCAGAUUUCCCGGGCGUUUACACCAAAGUGGCCAAUUAUUUUGACUGGAUUAGCCAUCAUGUGGGGAGGUCUGUUAUUUCUCAGUACAAUGUAUAAAACUGUGAUAUACAACUGUGAUCUCUCUUCUUCCCACUCUUUUUCUUUCAGGAGUUCCAUUUUAAUUGAAAUGAUACUGCCUAACUAGUACUUCUCUAGGGGGGAAAGAAGCAAAUUUUAUUGGAUAUUUUUAAAGGUCGCUGCAAAGUUUAUGCCAUAUUGGAAUUUUGCUGUAUGAUUCUCAAAUAAAUAUUUUAGUCUAGCAUGUGUGUUUUAUUAGAA